UGCCCCGUGCGGCGUCGCUCAGAUUUUUGCACAUGCGAGUGGCGCCAAGAGUAGAUGCUAAGUCCUGGUAGACACAUGUUGUGAUGGGGCAGCGAGAAAGGCUUUUUUCAGCUUAUCAGGUCGGAGAGGAUGACAUGAAUUUAGGUGCUCGGCAAACACAUCCGGGCAGCAAGGUGCCCAUGCUGCCGAGCGUGGAGACGCGACCAUUUGAUACUCUUCGACACGCUACAGGUGUGUUGAUGACUUCAAGCGCUGUAAAACUCCCGCUCUUGCAUGACAAGCACCUCUCUGCGACGGAUUCGCUGCUUGCUGCAGCCACUGCCGCCAGUCGAUCCACAGGGUCUUUGCUCAAUCCGUGGUCCACGUCUAGGUUUCAGAUGAGCAGAUCUGAGUCAGACAAGCUUCUCCCAAGGAGACGUAAAGCUUGUAACCGACUUUUGCAGAGGCUGUCUCUCUCCACUUUGGAUAUGGAGGAUGGCACCAAAAGCAGCACUAGCUUGGGCACCGCAGGGCGCAUUGGUAUGAAUCCUCCUCGAAAGAAGGAGCGCUUUCGAAGGGAUUCCUUUGAGGAACACGCAGCACUCUUCGAGAUCGCCAAGACGGCACAUCAGAUUUGCCUAAAGCUUACAGAGAAGAGGCCAGAUGAUCCCUCAACUCGUGCUGGGAAGGCAUCAAGAAAGGCUUACCAAAAGAAGAAGAAAAAAGAAAAGGAAGCAGCAAUGCAAGCUGCAAUGGACACAUGGAGUCGGGCUACCUUGGCGAGUGUCCCUGAGGCGGACGCUGAGGCAAAGAGAGCCGCGGAGACGCGGAUGAAGGAACUGGAGGAGGAGAUGAGACAGGAGGAAGAGACGCCUGACUAUACUCCCGUGUCUUCACCACUGGGGACAAGGACGCUUGGAGAAGAGAAUUUGCGUUCCGGAGAAAGCUCACCAAAAUCAGGCAGCAAGAAGCGCCUGGCAAGAACCACUUCGAUGCGGUCUAAUGUUGCAGGCCGGGAUGAUGCAAAGUAUGGUCUUCCCAACCUGCAAGAUCGAAUCGACCAGAUUCAGAAUACAUACUUCGGCAAAGCUGACCUCAUGGAUGAGGCGACAGUCCAGCGAAUGCGCAUGGUCUUCAAUCGCUUUCGGAAUGCCUCGGGAAAUGAGAUUCAGCAGGAAGACCUGCCCAGUGCCGUGGAGUUCUUGGGAUACGUGGUCAAUGCACAUGAGGCACUUGAUGAGGUGGCUGGUCAAGUAACGUCAUUUAAGGAGAUGGAUUUUAAUGAGUUCCUGGAGUUCAUUGAAAAGUACAGUCGUCAGCAGUUUGAGCGCUACAAGGUCUUGUUCCAUGAAUUUGACGAAGAUGGCAGCGGUGAGAUCGAGAUCGGUGAACUCAGAAAGUUACUGUCCAACAUCGGCUUCGUUGUGGUGAGGCAGAUGAUUGAGGAGGCCCUGGAUGUGGUGGACACGGACGGCAAUGGUCAGUUGAAUUUUGAAGAAUUCAUUUACUUCCUGACGGUCUAUCAACAUACUGAGGGUUUUACAAAGGACGAGGUGAGGCGGAUGCAUGACAUCUACCAGGGAUUUGUUGCAGAGUCAAUGAAGCUCAAAAUGGGAACUUCGCUGCGAUGUGAAGACCUUUCUGAUGCCCUUGUCGCAUUUUUUGGGCUUCAUGCGGAGCCACACGCAGCGCGCAUUGGGCAUAAGCUCUGCAACAAUGCAAGUGGUGGAAAAAGGAAUACUGGCGCCAAUGAUGGCUUGAGCUUCCACGAGUUCCUGAUCUUUGCCCGGAGCGUCCGACUGGGUGAGCAGGCUCACUACAGGCAGGAGUUUGAGCGAUUUGAUCAGGAUAAGAGUGGGAACAUCAAUGCAUCGGAGCUUCGACAUGUGCUACAAGCGUUGGGCUACCAGCCAAUGCGGGUUGUCAUCGACGAAGUUUUGCAGGAGGUGGACUUUGAAUCCGAUGCUGAAUUGGACUUUGAGGAGUUCUUCCACUUUAUGCUAGUCUUCAAGCAGCGUGAUGGCUUUAGCCAACAGGAGCUGGAUGAAUAUGAAGCGGUGUUUCGGAAGUUUGAUCGAGAUAUGUCUGAUAAUAUCAAUGUGCAUGAGCUCGGGGACAUGUUGCGUUACCUGGGAUUCAGCGUAGGAACUGACAACCUCUACAUGCUUCUGGCGCAGGUCGAUGUCAAUCGCAACGGUACACUGGACUGCAACGAGUUUCUGCGGCUCAUGCGGCUGCAUCGAGAAAGCGAGUUGAAGAGGCUUCGCGAUAUCUUUGAGCAGCGAUGUGAUUCCGGGGACGAGAUCAGUGCUCUGGAUGUGAAGCCAGGGCUCCAGGAGUACAUGUGUGAAGAAGUUCCUGCGCAAGUCUUGCUGCACAAUGCGUCAGACAAGCUUGACUUUGAGGAGUUUGUAACUCUCGCUGACACAGCGCGGUGGACGAAGGUGGUCUCAGAGCGACGUAUGGCUGGCUUUUCUUCUACUGAGAUUGAUAGCCUAGAGGAGAUGUUCGGUCACUAUGACAAAGACGGCAGUGGCGACAUUGACUCCUUCGAGGUUCAGGAAUUGCUGAAUGACUUCGGGUUGAAGCUCAGGACCAGGGCAGAACGACAGGAAGUUCUGGACCAACUGGAAGAAGCACGGCAACUGGCAGCUGAGGCAGGCGUGAAGCCAGACGUUCGGAGGCCGAAGACAAUGAUCACCUUCUGGGAACUGGUACAGCUGGUGAGGCUAGUGAAGACCCACCGAGCCAAGGUGAAGGAGGAAGAGAGUCGAAAGCAACUUGAAGCCAUCUCGUUUUCCAAGCAGGAGAUCGAUGACUUCCGAGCCGUGUUCUUGAGCUGGGCCAAACAUGGCGGCAUGGGCCUCUCCAGUGAAGACACCGCCUUGGGCACGAAAGUGUCCCUCCAUGAGACAGCUGCGAAGAAGAAAGAAACGGAGGAUCUGGAUGAGGAAGAGCCAGGCCUUUCAAUGUCGAUGCUGCAAAAGCUUCUUCGAUGGUUAAAUGUCCCGAUGACUAUGCAAGGAAAGCAAGCGAUGGAGGAAAAGCUGAGCUCAGUACUGUUGACAGACAAGAACGAACUGAGUUUCGUUGGCUUUUUGCAAAUGAUGCGUUGGAUGCUGGACACCAACUUCUGUGGCAUCAACGGGGUGGCACAGAAGGCAGCCUCAGCAGCGCAGCAGCACAUGGCGCGAGCCAUAGGAUCUUAAAGUACAAAAUGUGAGCAGGAAAUCUGAAUCUGUGCUUCCAGAGAAGCGCCAAAGACACAGACAGCUUUGCCAAAGAUUGCAACACGUGGAACUCGAAGUCUUUGAUGUUGCUAUGAUGGAUCACAUGCGUUUGUCC